UUCUUCUGCUAAUGAAAAUUCGAUCCGAGUUUCGAUUAGCUGAUCUAAUAAGUCCGUAUUCAUCUGAAUUCUUCUUCCUUUUUUUUCUCUUUCUGAUUCUCGUUCUGGACUUUUGAAAUAUUGCAGUAAUUAGAAGUCGAUCAAAGCUUGUUAGGGUUCAUCUUCAAGGGUUUUAUGAGCUAUGGGAAUGGCGUCCAUGAGCAGCAGCUCCUCCUCUAAUGGUGAAAGCCUUAAACUUUGCGUGUUUGACUUGAGGAGAGGCCAAAACGAAGGACAGGAGCUUGACAAGAUCUUGUUCUUCUUUCCUCCUGAUCUUACCUUCUCCUCUCAGCUCUCUGUUAUCGGCCUCAGCGAAGGCCUUAUCACCUUUACUAGACUUUUCUCCCCAGAAGCAGCUUGUGAGGUAAUAGAAGCAGAGAGACAUUCUCAUGUCUUCUAUGAAUCCGAGCCUGAUAUAUGGAUCGUCAUGGUUAUAGAGAAAAAUAAGGAGAUUGAAGCCAUAUGGAGGGUUGAUGCAUUACAGAAGGUGCUAAAGGAAGUUCAUUCCCUCUUUGUUAUGUUCCACGGAUCAAUCAGGUCAUUACUUGAUAAAGAACCAUCUGGUGGCCUAAUCAGAUCUCACUUGUAUCCCUUCAUCACAGACUAUUUAAAUGAUCUCUCUGUUGGGAAGAAACUUCAGUUACCUUCCUUUCGUGAAACUUUGAAAGAGCGUUGUACGGUUCAGAUGCUUACAUUAGCAAGAGAUGCUGCACUUGAAGUUCAGUCUCUUGUGGGAGUGCUAGAUUCAUGUGCUGGGACCCUUCGAUGCCACUCUCUGAUUCUGUUUCAUGACCUACUUGUCUCAACAACUCUCUCACCUGAUGAUACUGUCGACCUGUUUACAUAUUAUGUCAUGAGAUUGACUUCAAACGCGCUAUCCUCUGGCACGAGUUCCUGGUCAUAUCUACGCAAGGGAACCAGUUUAUCACAAACAUCUUCUAGAUCUACCACCUCUCCGCAACUUCUUGUUUCAACUGAUUCACUGCCUUCCGGAAAUGGUAAUGGCGCAGCAGGUCGUGUUAUUAGGCCGUUACAGCACAAUAAGUGGUCAAAAGGGAAAGACGGGUUUCUCGUAACCGAUAUCUGGGGUAAAGAUGCCACUCCGACGAUCUGGUUACAGAAGACAGAAGAAAGAGUUCACCUUUUAGCUUAUCAACACAAAUGUCUCACCUUGGUUCUUCUGGUGCCUACCAUGGCCAUUGUUAACGGAGAGCUAGACAUCUCAUUCGUGAAGCACCAAGUUACUGAAAACGCAUCGGCGAAAAUCUUGAAGGUGGAAGAGAAGCUGUCAAAAGGAUGGGGCGGUGAGAACGCGUACCAUGUUAGUGGUUACCGUUACUUGCUAGUUGAUAAUGACACGGAAGUUUCCAGAGCUUCUCCGUCGGGGAAGGUAGCAACGUUAGCGAAGGAGACGUUACUUGCAGUAAACAAGCUAAGGGAAACAGUGGACACAGAGAAGAGCCGCACGAAGGAAGAGAAAGACAUGGAGAUAUGCAUCAGGGCAAAGAACAACGCGUGGGCCAUCGCUCGUCUAACGAGAGGGAAAGAGCUUUACAUGGCUUUAGAGAAAGCAAGUGACACUCUUCUUGAUGCAACUGACUCUGUCCAAAGUUUCAGCAACAGGUACUGCAACGGAACAUUCUCCAUGGACUAGGAGAACUCUGUAAUCUUUUUGGAGUAUAUUGAGAUGAUUUUCAUUUAAGCUUAAGGUUGAGAUUUACAAUGAAGGAGAGAAAUGACUUUUUAUUUACAUUUUUAUUCACGAGACAGUUUCAUGUAUUUACAUCAGUCUCUAUGUUGGUUAUUUAUGUGCAUUCGAAUCAUUACUUCA